GCACCGGGCGCGCGGGUACACGGAGGCGGAAGGCAGGAGGGGCAGUCUGCCGCGGGGGUGAGCGCGCAGGCGCCUUCGUGGGACCAGCUGCAGGCGCGAAUCCCAGCGGUCGGCGGGCGGCGGGGAUACUUCUACAUAGACAUCAUCAGUUUUUGACUAUUUGGAAACCAAGCAUCAUUAAAAUCCUCUCAAACUCCUAAUUGCGAAGAAUCGAUAACAUUUCAAGAAGUGAUAACAUUUCUCUGAACAAGAAAAGAAGUGAUUGACCACGUUUUAAAAGUACUCUGGCACUGGUGCUGUGUUUUCUUCCCCUCCCUAAAUUUGAAGAACUAUGGAGAAAUGGUACUUGAUGACAAUAGUGGUUUUAAUAGGACUAACAGUACGGUGGACAGUGUCUCUUAAUUCUUAUUCAGGUGCUGGAAAACCGCCUAUGUUCGGUGAUUAUGAAGCCCAGAGACACUGGCAAGAAAUUACUUUUAAUUUACCAGUCAAGCAGUGGUAUUUUAACAGCAGUGAUAACAAUUUACAGUACUGGGGAUUGGAUUACCCACCUCUUACAGCUUAUCAUAGUCUCCUAUGUGCAUAUAUGGCAAAGUUUAUAAAUCCAGACUGGAUUGCUCUCCAUACAUCACGUGGAUAUGAGAGUCAGGCACAUAAGCUCUUCAUGCGUACAACAGUUUUAAUUGCUGAUCUGCUGAUUUACAUACCUGCAGUGGUUUUGUACUGUUGUUGUUUAAAAGACAUCUCAACUAAGAAAAAGAUUGCUAAUGCGUUAUGCAUCUUGCUGUAUCCAGGCCUUAUUCUUAUAGACUAUGGACAUUUUCAAUAUAAUUCUGUGAGUCUUGGCUUUGCUUUGUGGGGUGUUCUUGGAGUAUCUUGUGACUGGGACCUGCUAGGGUCACUGGCAUUUUGCUUAGCUAUAAAUUAUAAACAGAUGGAACUUUACCACUCCUUGCCAUUUUUUUGCUUUUUACUUGGCAAGUGUUUUAAAAAAGGCCUCAAAGGAAAGGGGUUUGUGUUGCUAGUUAAGCUAGCUUGUACUGUUGUGGCUUCCUUCAUCCUCUGCUGGCUGCCAUUCUUUACAGAAAGGGAACAAACCCUGCAGGUUCUAAGAAGACUCUUCCCGGUUGAUCGUGGAUUAUUUGAGGAUAAAGUAGCCAAUAUUUGGUGCAGUUUCAAUGUCUUCCUGAAGAUUAGGGAUAUUUUGCCACGUCACAUCCAAUUAAUAAUGAGCUUUUGUUUUACAUUUUUGAGCCUGCUUCCUGCAUGCAUAAAGUUAAUACUUCAGCCCUCUUCCAAAGGAUUCAAAUUUACACUGGUUAGCUGUGCACUAUCAUUCUUUUUAUUUUCUUUCCAAGUACAUGAAAAAUCCAUUCUCUUGGUAUCAUUACCAGUCUGCUUAGUUUUAAGUGAAAUUCCUUUUAUGUCUACUUGGUUUUUACUUGUGUCAACAUUUAGUCUGCUACCUCUUCUAUUGAAGGAUGAGCUCCUAAUGCCUUCUGUUGUGACAACAAUGGCAUUUUUUAUAGCUUGUGUAACUUCCUUUUCAAUAUUUGAAAAGACUUCUGAAGAAGAAUUGCAGUUGAAAUCCUUUUCCAUUUCUGUGAGGAAAUAUCUUCCAUGUUUUACAUUUCUUUCAAGAAUGAUACAAUAUUUGUUUCUUAUCUCAGUUAUCACUAUGGUGCUUCUGACGCUGAUGACUGUCACACUGGAUCCUCCUCAGAAACUACCAGACUUAUUUUCUGUAUUGGUGUGUUUUGUAUCUUGCUUGAACUUCUUGUUCUUCUUGGUAUACUUUAACAUUAUAAUCAUGUGGGAUUCCAAAAGUGGAAGAAAUCAGAAGAAAAUCAGCUAGCUGUAUUCCUAAACAAAUUGUUUCCUGAACAAAUGUGAAAAUAUGAACAGUGCUGAAAGGUUUGUGAACUUUUUGCUAUGUAUAAAUGAAAUUACCAUUUUGAGAACCAUGGAACCAUAGGAAAUGAAAUGGUGAAAAGUCAUUGUUGUCUACACAAAAUAAAUGUAUAUGGAGACCAAAGACCAAUGGAGGCUUGUCUAAGUACUGCUUGGCCAAAACAUAUUGUGGUUUUAUUAUUCACAGCUAUUCAAAUGGGGAAAAAAGAGAAACAUGUCCUUAAUCCCAUUGUUUACUCAGGAAAUGCACUUUUUAAAUGUCUUGAAAAAACUGAGAAAUAUUUCUUGGUAUUUGCUUUGUCUAAACCUGCUUCCUUCAUCAGACCAUAUAGUGAGCUUAAUGGAAGAAUUGAGCCCCUUCUUUUUAAUGGAAAUCACUAAUUUUGGUAUUCAAAUUUACACUUUAGAAUACAAGUAGUGUGUAUUUCACUGUGUAGAAGUUAUGUCUUAGGGAAUUUAAUUUGUGAUAAUCUUUUUAAUUACUGAGAAGGCAAUUUAAACUGCUUGAAGUCUGAAUAUGCCUUAUUACACAUGCAAAUUUGAUUGUUUUAACAAGGCAAAUAAACCAUGAUCUUAUUUGCAAGAAUGCAUAUUUUAAUACAAUUAAAAAUGAAUUUUCCUGAAUUUAAAUGUAAGUUUUAACUUUAAGUGGUUUGAGUGAAGUCUUCUUAAUCACACAUAAUCACUGGUUUUAAACCUCCAGAAUCAUUCUAUUUAAACAUUAUAUUAUACAUAUAUAUUAUUAUGAGAUGGUUCAAGGUUACCACUGCCAGAGCAUUGAUUCAUGUUAAUUCCAUCCUAUUAAUACUGUAUCACCCUAUAUUAGCAGAAGCCCAUAUUUAUUAUAGUUUUCAACUGGUAAAAAUAAUGCAUGAUAUCCAUGUUGUAGUUUCUCAUAUAAAGAUAUGUUUUCUUUAGUCUCUGUAAUAAAGAUAAUCAUUUUCCCAUCAACAUUUUUUAAGGAAUAUAUUUCUUUCAGAAGAUAGCCAUUAAACUAUAUUAAGUGGUGGUAUAUUUUAAAAUAGUGCAAAUCAAACCACAUACAGAAAAAUACUGGUUCUAGACAUGGACAGUCACAGGCUGGUGUAAGAAGGUGUAAGUUUCUAAAUCUGAUAAAGGAAGUGGGUUUAGACAAAGCAAAAAUCUAGAAAGGUUUCUUUCUCAAAAGACUCAAAGGGCAGGUCAGCGCAGAAUAGCAGCCUUGAAUCACUGCCGAAUCAGCAGGAACAUCGCUGUCCACGGUCACCAUCUGUAAUCACUGUGCCCAAAUGUCAGCAUCUUGGCUGGCUAGUGUAGCUUUAUUUUAAAAAAUGUUUUUUUUAAUAGUACACUUGUGUUUAACAUAGAAUGUUGACUUAGAUAAAUGAUGAGGAAGUUAUAAAUAAUUGGAGUAGAAUAACUAUUAUUAGGAAGUAGAAGUAUUACGUAUAUAUAUUAGUAAAAUGAAA